AUGGCAAAUACCGGACUUCCCUUUCAAGUCCCAAUGCUCACUAAGAGCAACUAUGACAAUUGGAGCUUAAGGAUGAAGGGCCACACCGAGCCAGAGAAUGUAGAAAGUCUUUCCCAAGCUCAAAAAGAUAGCUUGAGAGACUUAAGGAAGAGAGACAAGAAAGCUCUUUGUCUAAUCUAUCAAGGAUUAAAUGAAGAUACUUUUGAGAAGAUUUCUGGAGUCAAGUCAGCCAAGGAAGCAUGGGAGAAGCUUAAGAUCUCUUACAAGGGAACAAAUCAAGUCAAAAGGGUACGUCUUCAAACUUUGAGAGGAGAGUUUGAAGCUUUGCAUAUGAAGGAAGGUGAACUAGUCUCCGAUUACUUUUCAAGAUUUUUAACGAUUACUAAUAACCUAAAAAGAAAUGGUGAGAAGCUAGAUGAUGUAAGAAUUAUGGAGAAAAUUCUUAGAUCACUAGAUCCAAAGUUUGAACAUAUUGUCACAAUUAUCGAAGAAACAAAAGACUUGGAGGCGAUGAAAAUAGAGCAGCUUCUUGGUUCAUUGCAAGCUUAUGAAGAAAAGAAAAAGAAGAAGGAAGAGAUUGUGGAGCAAGUCUUCAAGGUACACAUUGAUUCAAGAAAAGAAGAAAAUGCACACAACCAACCAAGGCGGAGUUUUAGUCAAGAACAAGGACGAGGGCGUGCAUAUGGACGUGGACAAGGACGAAAGCCUAACAACAAUAACCAAAGAGGAGAAAACUCUAACAGAGGUCGUGGGAGAAGAAAUCUGAAUUCAAGAGCCCCUAACAAAAGUAAAGUCGAAGAGAAAGUCAAUUAUGCUGAAGAAAGGUGUCAAGAAGAUGGCAUCUUGUUAUUGGCUUACAAGGGCCAAGAUAAAGGCGAGGAUAAUCAGUGGUACCUUGACAGUGGAACAAGUAACCAUAUGUGUGGGAAAAGAAGCAUGUUCGUAGAGCUUGACGAAUCAGUAAAGGGAAACGUGGCUUUUGGAGAUGAAUCAAAGGUGGCGGUGAAAGGAAAAGUGAUGGCCUACAAUGUCUCAAGAUGUGCUACAAAGACCAAUCAUGGCUUUGGCAUCUUCGAUUUGGCCAUCUUAAGUUUAAAGGAUUAG